AUGUCAUACAACCGCUACAACACACGGAAAAGACCCGUGCAUGCGGGAAUGUACCCAGGUGGACCCGCCGGUCAACGCCGUCGACAUUUUGAGAAAGGCGCCGUAAACUCGCCGAAUGGCCCGCAUCAAUAUAGCGAACACGCUCGACGCUCUGGAGUGAUUGAUAGUCCCCAUCUGCUGCAUCAACUGUCGCCCAGCCAGUCGCUGCGGGGUUCUAAUGGUAAUUUUACUUCAAAGGACUCCGAAACGACCGAGACGACACCGUUGCACUCGCCCGGCGCUGAUAAAGAUGCCUAUGGCCAGAAACUCCGAACUCUGGGUACAGAUCCUGCCACUGGAGCAAAUCCACUCGACGAAAAAUAUCCGAUUCAGAUGCACCACCUCAGCUACUUGGACUCUCGCCCGCAUAUUUCGAGGAUCGACGUUCUGAAAAACUACAGAGUUACCUAUGAUCCAGAACUUGAUAAGACCCUUCCGAAAGCAGAGAAGAAGAAGAAACACCGUAAGCUCAGAUUCCAGACAGAGCUGGGUCUAGAGUCUCCUUCAGAUCCUCGUUUGAAACUUAGUCUCCAGACUUACUUCGCAAAACCCAAUAAGCUCUCCAAGAAGAUGCCUUUCAAACAUUUACCCCAGCCUCGGUUCGUUUACGAUAAGAACUCUUUGGGUGCUCCUCCACAGUCAGAGUUAGUUAUCUGGGAUCUCCCCACCACUGUCAAUGAGAUGUACUUAGUGAAAUUUUUCGAAUCUUUUGGCGAUACAGUGAAAGAUAUGAAGUUCAUCAAUGAUCCUGUCAAUGCUGUUCCAUUGGGCAUAGCUACGUUCUCGUUUCCUGGCUCUCCUGAGAAGGCGCUGAGAAUCGCUAAAAUGUUACUCAAAACCAUCAAAAUUGAGAGCCCCAAGGUCGAUGGUGUGGAAUUGAAGAUCGCCUUGAACGAUGCAGAUAGCAAACUUUUAAAUUCUAAGAUUGAGGUGGCCCAGGGCAAGUUGCGUGCAGCUAGAAUCAUGAGGGAAAAGCAAGAGAAGAUGAUUAAGGCUCAAAAGAAGACUACAGAGAAACCUGACCACCCACCAAAGCCUGAAAUCUCCAAGGAAGAAGAGGCUAAACUCAGCCUAGCAAAGAGGCUCAACACUACAAAAUUGUCUGUAAAACACAAAAACCAAGUCAUUAAGGGUGUCUUUCUCCCUCAAGAUCUUGUUCGUUACGUCAAAGACAGGCCCUUCAUUUACAUCAACGAUAAGUACGUUCCCACCAAGAAGAUCUCGUCACAGGAAAUCAAGAAAGUGUUGAUGAAAUACGACUGGACCAGAGUGCUCGUGGAUAAGACAGGAUACUAUGUUGUAUUUAAUACUUUGAAGGAAUGUGAGCGGUGUUUUAACAAUGAGGAUGGUGUUAGAUUCUUUGAGUACCGAUUGUACAUGGAGCUUUGCAUCCCUGAGAAAUUCGUGGGAGAUGAGAAUGUCAAGAUGUCAAAGAGCGACUCAAAGGGCCACGAUAUUGUUGAUGAGGCGGCAAACAUGUUGAUAAAAGAGUUCCAGAUUUACUUGAGCAAGGAUAUUCGUGAGAGAAUUAUCGCACCUACUGUCCUCGACGCUCUUCGUCCCGAGAAUUAUCCUGAGCUCAUGAAAGAAGUGAUGGAGAAGAAGCAAGAAAGUGACAGAAAGCGCGAGAUUGAAAUGAAGGAACGUCUACAGAAACAAGAACAAUUGAGGGAUGCCAACGCAAACAAAUCUGGCGCAUAUUCAUUCUUAGUGGAAAAGAAGAAGGAGAACAAGGAGAAUAAGCAUGUCUUGAUGCUUCCGAGUUUCACGAAGAAACUUGGCGCACUGUCAAGCGAGAACAAGAAGAAGAAGAACCUUUUCCCAAUGCAGCAUGCACUUAACUAUGACGACCAUGAGUCUGAUGAGUCUGACGAAGAGGAGACAAGCAGAUCGGCUACGCCUGCCCCUGUGAAGAGAGAGCUGGUCUCGUCACCAGAACUGGAAUCUCCACACAAAAAACAGAAGAAGUCGAAGCUUUCCGAAACCUUUUUGUACGAAACAUCGGAUGAGGAAAUGGAAGAUGUCUCAGCAGAAACUGAAAAGACAGAAACUACUUCGCCAGAAACCAAAUUUCCUGUGGAAACAAAGUACGAUUCAACUCUCGGCGAAGAACCAGAACUUGUAUAUGAGGAGAUCAUUCCGGAAGCAGGAAGUAUUUUUGAUUUGCAAAGAUUGCAGGAGAUUAUCCGAGACGAUGAAGAUAUGGAGUUGGCUAGAAAGCUUCUCAAGGAUACCCAACCAUCCUCUAUCAAACAUCUUGAAUACUGGGCAUGGAAGCAGAGACAACUCGGCUCCAAGAACAUCAAUUUCGAACAAGAAACAGUUGAUUUGCUCAGUGAUCAUUUGGAAUGUCACACUGGAUCGUUCAAAAGUGAGGGCCAUAGAAAAAUUGCUGACGCUGAUAAAGUUGAGUACUUGCCGCAUCGCAGGAAGAUUCAUAAGCCACUCAAAACAGUUCAUCACGAUUCAGAAGACCAUAAUGGCAAUAGCGGUACACCAGGAGCCACUGCUAAUAACUUGCAGAGCUCUCGUGUGAAUAGAGCAAACAACAGAAGAUUUGCUGCAGAUAUUAGUGCCCAGAAGCAGAUUUUAAGUUCUGAGUCAGAUAUCUUAAACUUGAACGCAUUAACAAAGCGUAAGAAGCCAGUAUCCUUUGCCAGAUCAGCAAUUCAUAACUGGGGCUUAUAUGCGUUGGAGCCUAUUGCUGCCAAGGAGAUGAUUAUUGAGUAUGUUGGUGAAAGUAUUCGUCAACAGGUUGCCGAGCACCGUGAGAAGAGUUACUUGCGGACGGGUAUUGGAUCGUCGUACCUUUUCCGUAUUGAUGAAAACACCGUUAUUGACGCCACCAAAAAGGGAGGAAUUGCUAGAUUCAUCAAUCAUUGCUGUAACCCAAGUUGUACAGCGAAGAUCAUCAAGGUGGAUGGAAAAAAGAGAAUCGUCAUUUAUGCCUUGCGUGACAUCGAUGCAAACGAAGAACUCACGUAUGACUACAAAUUCGAAAGAGAAACAAACGAUGCCGAGAGAAUCCGGUGUCUCUGUGGAGCACCUGGGUGCAAGGGCUAUUUGAACUAG